AUUAGCCACUUCCCGUCUGGCCCAUGUACUGUACAUAAACGGCCGGAUGGGAGCAGUGCAGGAGUGGGUUGUCGUUCAUAAACGGCGCCCUCUUUUUCUGGCUGUGCGCGCUCCCUGGGAGAGUGCGGCACCACAUUCCGGUGCCCGCUGUAUGCUGUACGGGACCUCUGUAUGAGGUCCCGAUCAUUGAUCACAUGAAUAGUAGUGCGCAAGAUGUCACUUGUGACAUCAUUACUUACUACGUGUGAAAUCUGUGAAUAAUCACAGAGGUCACAUGGUACAAGGC